UUCUUUGUCGUGUGUUGUGUGUUGCUAGUACAUAUUACAGAAAUUACUAACCAGAUUACCAAAUAUCAGUCGGAAAGCGGAGCCAGGCGUAUUUUACGCAACUAAACUUGGAGCAAUUGCAGAUAUUGCAGAAGCAACAACAAGAACUAUAGAACCACACAACCAUCAUGGCGAAUAUGGCUGUAUCACGCAUUAAGCGCGAAUUCAAGGAAGUUAUGCGCAGCGAGGAGAUCGUGCAGUGCUCUAUAAAAAUUGAACUUGUCAAUGACAGUUGGACAGAGCUUCGCGGCGAAAUAGCUGGCCCCCCCGACACGCCCUACGAGGGGGGGAAGUUCAUACUGGAAAUUAAAGUGCCCGAGACAUAUCCCUUCAAUCCGCCUAAGGUUCGGUUUAUCACACGCAUUUGGCACCCGAACAUUUCGUCUGUGACUGGAGCCAUUUGCCUGGACAUACUAAAGGACAACUGGGCAGCGGCGAUGACGCUGCGCACUGUGUUGCUGUCCCUGCAGGCCUUGCUGGCCGCUGCCGAACCGGAUGAUCCACAGGACGCCGUGGUGGCAUACCAGUUUAAGGACAAGUAUGAUCUGUUUCUGCUUACUGCCAAGCACUGGACCAAUGCAUACGCAGGCGGUCCCCACACCUUUCCCGAUUGUGAUUCAAAAAUCCAACGUCUCAGGGAUAUGGGCGUGGACGAGCAUGAUGCGCGCGGCGUCCUCUCCAAAGAGAACUGGAACUUGGAAAAGGCCACGGAGUGCCUGUUCAGUUAGCUUGCUAAGAACAGAGUAGUAACACAUCAACAAUAGCCACACCUCCCGGAAAUACCACUAAAUUCAAGCCGCCGUCACAACCGAUUCGAUUAUGAUUAUUUAUGCAAAAUUUGGGAUUAUCAGCACAGACAGCAGAAGUGCUAGCAGCACGAAGGAGACAUGAGAUCCGUUUUUCAAUUUGCAAUAUGCUUUACAACAUCAAAAUUUCCGGCCCCACUCGCACACACACAUAUAUAUUGUGUAAGUGGGCUAUUUGGUUUAAAGUACGCAUAAACAUUUCAUGAUGACUUAUUUAAA